ACCCUGAGACAAAAAAUGGCUACCCCAUCUUCUUAUUCUUUCCCAAUGAGACUACCUCCACUGAUUUCUUCUUCUUCUUCUUCUUCUUCUUCUUCUUCUUUAGCAACCUCCAUGAAAUUCAAAACCCUGGUUCACAACUUCAUCUUCUCCCACCUAUGUCGGUUCACUCGUACCUACACUAAGGCUAAAUCCAUUGUCAUUAACCUCUUCAAAGAAACUCAUCUGAACAAUAUCAAAUUCUUGGAUCCCUUCAUCUUAAAAAGAAACAAAACCAAAAACAAAAACAAGGUUUAUUUUGGAUCAUUUAGGUUGCAUUACAACUGGUGUUCAUCUCAUGUAGUCCCAGUGACAUCACUCGAGAUGCAAGAUGCGUUUAACAACCAUGUUUAUUAUGAUUCCACAUGGCGCUCCUAUGUUGAUCAUGAGAUGGUGUUAGAGUCACAGCUUACAGGGUACCUCCAUUGGCUCGAAGAGAAGAACAAAGGUGAUGGUGGUUGUGAUCAGAUUAAUGAGAUCGAUCGUCUUGCUGAUAAAUUCAUAGCAAAUGGCCACGAGAAGUUUAUGUUGGAAAAGCAGGAAUCAUACAGGAGAUUUCAAGAAAUGAUGGCGAGAAGUGUGUGAAUUACUCAAAGGUUUGUGUUGGUCGCUUUAUAAUAGGUUCGUUUUGUUUUUGUUAUUACUUAUGAGUGUUUGGUGGCAUAACAAUCAAAGGAAUUUAUGGUUUUGGAAAAGUUGGUUUGAUUCAUGAUUGGAUUUUAGAGGGACUUGUUUGGGAAUUAUCAAUUACUUGUAUUUUGAAUGUUUAUAAGUUGGACAGAUUUGAUUGUAUAGUCAUUUUCCUUCAAAUUUCCGAUGUUGGCAACUUUUGGAAACUUUAUGAUGCAAUGUUAGAGAAAAAGAAACUGUCGGGAAACAAAUAAAAAAGUAUAAGAAAUGUUUUCUCUUUCA